AUGCUUACUGCGAACAUUGAUCACCUAAAUGCAUUUGCAAGCAUUUAUCGAGUACACAUGAGGUGCCCUCGAGCUGAUAGCGUCAUUGAUGGGGAUGGUGCAGAUGAGGAAGACACUGCUCGGCCUCCACGGUAUCCCCGUAAGUUCUUCAAUUUGCACUCCAGGUAUCAAAUUUUCACUGACACACUAACACUGACAUUUCAACCGAAAACUUCCCAAACUAUCCCACCCAUGUCGAUGGCACCAGCGGUAGCUGCAGCACCUGCACUAGCAGUACCUCCUCCAGCAGCAAGGAGGAGAGAGAGACAGGCUCCAGCACGCUGCCGAGGUAGAGCUAGGGGCACCCGAGACGAAAGCGACCCUUCAGAGUCCAUUCUGAGUGAUGACGAUGUUGAGACGAGCGACUCUGAGGAGGCAGCGAGUCAGCAUUCAAAGUCAUCUGAGAGUGGAAAUGAUGUCGGCUCAGGUUCCGAGAACAGAGGAGACGAUGCUGAGGAGGGUUCCGGGGCAGAGAGCGAAGAUGAUGCCAGUUCUAGUUCUGGUUCAGAGUCUGCUUCGGACAACGGCGCCGAUGGAGACAGUGCCCCAGAGUCCUCUCCUCCGGGGAAGAGGACGAAGAGGGCCUCUAGAGCAUGA